AGUCCAGUUGAAGUGGGACAUUCCCCUCUGAUCGUUGGCCACAUCCCGGAACUAGGUUUACCAUCCUUUAAUUUAUUUAUAAGCAAGAAGGAACAUCCUACCUUUACGAAAUAUGAUGUCCAGGGUGGCUCAUGGCAUUGUUUCAAAUAUGCGGUCAAUACUUCCGAGGCUCGAGGCUUCAGUAAAAGGCGGCCUUUCGGCAGUUAGAAGCACCAGCAAGAACACCCGGCUGACGGAGCACUUUACGCUGGACGAGCAGGUGGUCAACGAGGAGCUGUUGCAAUAUGAGGAGGGUUCGAUGGAACGCACAGCACUGGAAACCGCUCUGCUGGGCGUUCUCAAGAAGGUAGAACACGUACCCAUCGUGAUUAAUGGCCAAGAGUACCAGGCCAAGGAGGAACUUCAACAGGUAUUGCCCUACAACAUCCAGCAACCCAUAGCUCACUAUGGCCACGCCCACCGCGUCCUCAUCCAAAUGGCCAUCGACAAGAGUCUGGAGGCUCAAGACCAGUGGGAUAGGACUAAACUCAGCGAAAGGAUUGACACCUGGGAACGGGCAGCGGAACUGAUUGCCGGAAGACACCGGUACAACAUCAUUGCGGCCACCAUGUUGGGCCAGGGAAAAACCCUUCGUCAGGCGGAAACGGAUGUGGCCGAAUUGGUGGACUUUAUGCGCAUCAAUCCUGUGUUCCUGCGAGAACUGGCCAACUAUGAACCCAUUAAUGGAACGUUACGGGAGUGCAGGAAUUCCAUGCGGUUGAGAGGACUUUCAGGAUUUGUGGCCGCCAUUAGUCCCUUCAACUUCACGAGCAUUGCCGGCAAUUUGGCCUACACACCGGCCUUGAUGGGCAACUCUGUGCUUUGGAAGCCCUCCGAUUCGGCCAUCCUCUCCAACUAUUUCGUCUUCAAGGCCAUGCAGGAGGCGGGUGUGCCCAAGGGGGUGGUGAACUUUGUGCCCGCCGAGGAGACGAUUUUCGCAUCCGUCGUAACGCAGCAUCCAAAGCUGGCGGGUAUUAAUUUCACUGGCACUUCCAAUGUGCUCAAAGUGCUCUGGCAACUGGUGGCCCAGAAUAUCAACUACUACGAGAACUAUCCGCGUUUGGUGGGCGAGGGAGGGGGCAAGAACUUCCACUUCGUACAUCCUUCGGCGGAUCCGGAAAUGACUGUGGCCUGUACUAUUAGAGCAGCCUUUGAGUACUCCGGCCAGAAGUGCUCCUCCUGCUCGAUGUUAUAUGUGCCGGAAUCACUGUGGGAGGAUCACAUCAAGGAGCCCCUACUAAAAGUCACUUCCUCACUGUUCGUGGGGCAUGCCACCUACUGCGACUGCUUCUGUUCGGCUGUGAUUAAUCGGCGGGCCUACGAUCGCAUCUACAUGUGGCUGAGAUAUAUCGUUCAGAGUCCUAGUUGUCAGGUUUUGAUCGGAGGAACCUGUGAUAAGAAACGCGGUUACUAUGUGGAUCCCACGGUGGUGCAGGUGAAAGAUCUGGAUAAUAUCAUAUGCCGGGAAGAGCUUCUAGCACCCAUUUUGGGUGUCUACGUGUAUCCGGAUAGCAAACUCAAGGAGACCAUGGCCAAGGUGGCCGAGAUCAAUCAUGGAUUGGCUGGUUCAGUGUUCGCCAAGGAUCAGAACUUUAUACAAGAUGCCUACGAGGCCUUCAGAUUCAAUGUGGGCAACCUCAAUGUGAAUGACAAGUCCACCGGUUCGAUGGUGGGUCAACAGCCAUUUGGAGCGGGUCACUUGACCGGUACCAGCGAUAAGUUGGGAACGCCCCACUGUCUCCUGCGAUGGACUUCACCCCAGGUGAUCAAGGAGUCGUACAAGCCACAUGUGAAUAUCUAUUAUCCGUAUAUGCAGGUCAACGAGCAAAAUCGGGUCGUCAUUCCUAUGGAGAGCGAGCAAAAGGAGGCGGUUGCUCAGGAUAACAACUCUAUUGUGGCCUCCAGUGAAGAGGACAAGCCCCUCAUAUAACAUCUUAUUAGAGCUUUUAAUUCAAAGUCCAAAUUUCUGUUGCAAUAAAUUACAAGAAAACUUUAAA